UUUAUUAAAUUUAAUAAGUUUUAAUUGUUAUAUAUUAAAGUGAAUCUAGUUUUAUAUGUGUUAUGUAACAUAAAAUAUAAACAUUUAUUUGCCUUUUUAUAGUGUCAUAUAAAAUGAAGGAUAGAAAAGGAAAAAAUCGAAUGCAAUGUCUCAAAGCAAGUUGUGAUUGUGAUGAGUACACAAAAGAGAAAGAUUUUGAUUUGUGUGUUUAUUGUGAUCAUGCACCAGUUUUACAUAAAUUAGAAGAUAGUUUUAAUCUUAUUGAAGAUGUUCAUUCAGUUGAUUUCACAAAGAGCAAUCCAAUGCAGAACACUUUAUCCACUUCUCCCAGUAUGUCUAGCAUGUUCUUUGAGCCUCAAAAUGAUGCAAAAGAAAAUGAAGAUGUUACACUUGAACCAGCUUUUUUAAAUGAAAGUGAAAAAGGCUUCAAUGUGUGCAGUAAUGAUUUCAUGAGCCCUUUGAAAAAGCAUUGUAUGUUUCCAGAUACAGUAUUGACUAAUAAAGUAAUUUCUACAUCGAAAACCAUUGUUCAUAAUAAAAGUUGUGCUCUCUUUGAGAAUGGCUUAGCCCCUAUCUUAAAAUCUUGCACAGAUGGUAUGAUUGUGUUAAGUGCUACUAAUCUAACAUUUAGUCUACGUAACAAGUUGGCUGGUGUAGUAGUAAACCACGUUAUUCAAAAGAGAGGUCUGCAAAAUCGUCCAACUAAUGCAGAUAUAUUUGAAUCAGCAAAUGCCAUUGUUGCACAUUUUCCUUCAGAAAAGCUUGAAACAUGGUAUACUGCACCUACAUUUAAAAAAAGUAUAGCUGGUGGAAAGCUGACAGAAAAGCUUCGCAACACUUGGCGAAAUAUUAAAUCGGUUGGGAUUUUAAAAAGUUCAAAUGAUCAACAAUUAGUUGAAGAACACGAUAGCAGUGAUGAAGAAGCAGUACAAGAUGACCUUAAUUGGCUAAAGUUUAACAGUCAACCAUGGACUGAAGUGUGCCAUAAAUGGAAAUUGACUUCUAAAUUUAGGUUGAAAAGUUUUCAAUCUGGUAGCAAAGAUAUUCCAAACUUUAAGCUUCUUUUGGAUUUAAAAGCAGAUGCAUUGGUAAAUAUCAAUUUUACGCAAUUGAGCAUACAAAAGAAUUAUGUAGACUGUAACAACUUUAUGUUUCAGAAAAUUCCAUUACUUGCAAAACAGUUAUUAGGCUUAGUUGCCAAAAAACAUUUAAUAAAAAUUGAGGUAGAAGAUGAGACAGCUGCUCUUUUGGCUAUUGUGCGGUUGACAUGCUGUAAACGUUCAAUACGUUUAUCUAAAGACGCAAAAAGAAAGUCUUGGACUCCAAGUGUUAAAGAAUGUGGCGAAUCAUUUCUUUUUCUAGCCAAUUCAGUUGAAGAUGCUGAGCAUUCAAUAGAAAACAUAAGAAUUCUUUAUAAUGAUCUGAAGCUCACACUUCAACCUUUAGUUUAUGCUGUACCUCCAAACAUUGCUGUUGCUGUGUACAACAACCAUAGAUGGUCAUUUCAAACGCCUUUGAAAGCCAUGGAUUUUUCUUUUAAACUGAUUCAGGUCUUGAAUAAGGAAUACAAUAUUGCGAGUUUUCCAGCUUGGAUGUUUUUACAGAAAUACAUAUAUUGUUUCAAUUGCCCCGAUUUUGAUGUUUCGUGCCCGAAAGCAAGUGAAUUAGCAUCUGAGUUAAAUCUAUAAACUUCUUUCGAUACAUUUCAAUCUUAAUUUAGAUAAAAUAAAGCAUUUAUUUAAAACUA